CCGGAUGAGGUGAGAGACUCCACCACCGCCUCGGCGAGCGACUCCCGCUGCAAAAUGGCUAUGGCAAUGGCUUCCUUCGCCGCCGCCGCUUCCCACCACCGCGUCGGCCACCUGGCCGCAGGUUUCCCCUCCACCGCGAGGGAAGGCGGGAGGGUCGGCCGCAGCGGCGUCACCAUCGCCAUGAGAGCCCAGAAGAAGAAGAGCAGUGGCGACUCUGGGAGUAGCAGUGGAGGCGGAGGUGCAGGCGGGGACGGGCGGGCCAGCAGCGGGCGGCGAGUGUGGCGUCGUCGGAAAUUGACCAAAGAGGAUGACACGCUGCGUUACAAGUUGGAUCGUAUCCCUUUCUUAGAAGAGAAGGUGAGAAAAGUAAGGGAGAAUGGGAAGAUCAUAUGCUUGGACAUUAAUCAGCUAAUGUUAUGUCAAGAGAAUAGAUUUGCUUUCACCAUGGAGGUGGCUGAAGAAGCUAAUGCCUAUCUUGAGAAGAACAGGCAUGAAUAUGGGUUGAAGAAACUGUUAGAUAUCUAGGCAAUUUUCGGUAUAUUUUAAUUCCAAAAUUAAAUGUAUAAAAUAACAAUAUUUCUAUGACUUUAAGGAGUAAAAUAAAACAUGUGAACAUGUUUAUACUUA